AUGAUACCUUGGAGUAUAUUCUUGCUUCAUAUACUGCUGUUUUCGUUACAAGGAUAUAUUUGUGCAUCAUCCAUAUUGACAAGAACAUCAAAAAACGGCUUUAAUGAAAAUCGACAGAAAAGAGCUCUUUUAGCAGCACAGUUUGAAGCAACUUCUUCAAGAUAUUUUUUCCAUGAAGCCGUUAAUUGGGGUGAGAGCAAAAUAAAAGGUUCUUGUCCUCAUGAAUGCCUUAACGGAGCUUUCUGUUCCAAGACUGGUACAUGCGACUGUCAAAUAUUUCAGGCGCUUGGGACAAGGUGCCAGAUUAUCCCAAACAUGGGCAAUGGCAGAGAUGGAAUUUGCAAAACCUGGGGACAGUACCACUUUGAAACAUUUGACGGAAUCUACUAUUACUUCCCAGGAAACUGUUCGUACAUUUUUGCAAAGGAUUGUGAUAAUUUGGAGCCUCAGUAUACAGUAUGGGUUCAUAAUAGCCCUAAAUGCCUUGGUUCAGUAUAUUCUUGUUAUCGAUCAAUCAGCUUGUUCUUUUCAAACCAAGAGGAAAUUCAUAUUUAUGGUCAUGAAAUAAAGAAGAAUGGAAUCAGGUUAACGUUGCCUCAGACGAUAGGACAGGUUUUCAUUGAGAAACUAGCUGACUACAUUCUGGUGAAAACAACCUUUGGUUUUUCAUUGGCUUGGGAUGGAAUAUCUGGAAUUUACCUCAAACUGUCUGAGGAGCAUAAAGGGAAAUCGUGUGGCCUAUGUGGAAACUACAAUGGCAUUCAGUCUGACGAUUUCAUAAUUCAGCAAGAGGACUAUACAGAAGACAUUGCUAUGUUUGCAAAUAGUUGGAUGGUGCAAACUCCAGAUGAUACCAAAUGUGUACCCAUACCCUCAGAUUUUCCAAGUCCAUGCUCAAGUGGAAUGCCAGCAUUUGAGGCCAUCUUCUUCAAGUGUCAGAUACUGUUGCAGUUUCCUUUUCUCAGCUGCCAUGAAUAUAUUGAUCCCUAUUUAUAUAUUGCCAGCUGUGUUAAUGAUCUUUGCAAAACUGAUGACGAUGAUACCUAUUGUCGAGCAGUCACAGAAUAUGCGAGAGCCUGUUCUCAUGCUGGCUAUCCUAUUCAAGACUGGAGAGAUGACUUUCCAGCUUGCACUGAUAAAUGUGAUGAUAGCUUUGUCCAUCGGGAUUGUAUCAGUUGUUGCCCGCCAACCUGCACAUUUGAGAAGGAAUGUCUUGGCAGCAAUCUCCAUUGUCUUGAUGGAUGUUACUGUCCAGAUGGCCUCAUAAUGGACAAUGGAACUUGCAUCUCCUUGGAAAAUUGCCCAUGUAUUUUUCAUGGAUUAGCUUAUGCAGUUGGUUCAAAAAUUGAACAAGAAUGUACUGAAUGUGUCUGUGUUGGCGGAAUUUGGAACUGUACUGAACAUGACUGUCCAGUUCAGUGCUCUGUUGUGGGUGAUUCUCAUUUUACAACUUUUGACGGUCGACAUUAUUCGUUCAUUGGCAUGUGCCAGUACAUCAUUCUGAAAGGCACUGGAAAAGAUAGAUUCACAAUUACUUUACAGAAAGCUCCCUGUGAGCAGAAUCUUGGCUUAGUAUGCCUUCAUUCAGUAACUCUAAUUCUGGAGGAUGAUUUUAGCAAACAAGUGACCCUUAGUAGGGGAGGACAAAUCCUGACUAGUCCUAAUCAAGGCUUCAAUCUGAAUGGAAUUGUUGAAAUUCAGACUCUGUCAUCCUUAUUUAUUCUCCUAAAAACCACAUUUGGUUUAAAGAUCCUGUUUGCUACAGAUGGGGAAAGAAUUUAUAUUCAGCUCACUAGUGCAUGGAAAAGAAGAACAUUAGGUCUGUGUGGCACUUUUAAUGGGAACAUAAGGGAUGAUUUUCUUUCUCCAUCAGGCAUGAUAGAAGGUACCCCACAACUUCAUGCAAAUGCAUGGAGAGUCUCCUCCACUUGUUUUGCACCCGUUCAUGUCCCUAUAGUGGACCCCUGUAACAUUAAUCAACAAAACAUUGGGUAUGCAGCACACUGUGAUGUCAUCCACCAGGAGCUCUUUGCUUCUUGCCAUGUCUACAUUAGCCCUGGGCUGUACUAUCAGCUGUGCCGACAUGAUGCAUGCAAAUGUGGAAGUGCCUGCCUAUGCAAUGCUCUUGCCCACUAUGCCUACCUCUGUAGCCAGCGUGGUGUUUCCAUUGAUUUUAGAGCCCAGGUUUCAUUCUGUGCUGUGGUGUGCCAGAAAGGCAUGUUGUACCAUCACUGUUCCUCCUUUUGCCGCCGCUCCUGCACUUCCCUCUCUUCUCCAGAGCAGUGUAAUGAUGAUUGUGCCGAAGGCUGUAACUGUCCCGAAGGCAAAUACUAUGAAGACACACUUAGUUUUUGUGUGCCCAUAUUUCACUGCCGGUGUCAUUAUAGGGGCAGCGUUUAUCAACCUGGAGAGCUCAUCCCAACACCCUCAGGCUUAUGCCAGUGUUCAAAUGGAACAGUGCAGUGUGAUGAAUCAGCAACGCCCUCUACUGUUCACGCCUGCCCUGAAGGAAAAGAAUUCUUCGACUGCAGAUUUCCUGAUCCUGAAUUACCAGCUGGUGGUAUAAAUUGUGAGACUACAUGUGCAAAUCUGGCCAUGAACUUCACUUGUGCACCAUCCUCACCCUGUAUAAGUGGCUGUGUUUGUGCUCCAGGAAUGGCAGAGCACAAGGGAAAGUGCUAUGUUCCUGACAGCUGUCCCUGUAUUUGGAAAGACUGGGAGUACCUCUCAGGAGAAGUGAUUGCAACACCGUGUUAUACCUGUGUUUGCCGAAGAGGAAUGUUCAAUUGCACAUAUUAUCCAUGCCCAGCAGUGUGUACCGUUUAUGGGGACCGGCAUUAUCAUUCUUUUGAUGGGCUAGAAUAUGACUACGUCAGUGAUUGCCAGGUUUUUUUGAUAAAGAGUACAGAUGAUUCGGAUAUAUCCGUCAUUGCCCAGAAUAAGAAAUGCUUUGACAACGAUAUUGUUUGUUCUAAAAGUGUUUUGAUUUCCAUUGGGGACACUGAAAUUUACCUGAAUGAUACUCCCGACAAACAGAAGCGAUCAGGUUUUUUUCUGGAAAAUAAUCCUACGUACCAACUUUGGAAGGCUGGCUACUACACAGUAGUAUACUUUCCAGAAGAAGAUAUCACUAUUCUUUGGGAUAAAAAAACAACCAUUCAUAUCAAAGUUGGACCACGGUGGAAGAACAAACUAUCAGGAUUGUGUGGAAACUUUGACAAAUGUACUUCAAAUGACAUGACCACGUCGAAUAGCUUGGAAGUGAGAAAUGCCCAGGUAUUUGGAGAUAGCUGGGCAUUAGGACAGUGUGAAAGCCCAAUGGAAACAAUUAAACCCUGUGAGGCACAGCAAAACAAAUUUCCUUAUGCCAAGAGAGAAUGCUCAAUUUUGUACAGUGAUGUUUUUGCUCCAUGUCACAAUGUGAUUGAUGUUACUUCUUUUGCCAAAAAUUGCCAUGAAGAUACAUGUAAUUGUAAUCUUGGUGGAGACUGUGAAUGUUUAUGUACGAGCAUCGCAGCGUAUGCAUACAAAUGUUGUCAGGAAGGCGUAUCAAUUCACUGGAGAUCAUCUACUACUUGUUCCCUUGAUUGUGAAUAUUACAAUGAAGGACUUGGAGAAGGACCAUAUAUGCUGGCAAGUUAUGGGCAGAGUGGCCUUUUUCUGGCAGCCAAUAUGAGCAGUAGAAACAUUUUCUCUUUUCCAAGAAAUGGCAUUCAUGACAAUUUAUUUUUUAAUUUUAUGAUCACUCCAGGCCUUUUCAAAGAGAAAGCAUCAUCAUUGGCAGUUGUUUCCUUGGAAUCUGCUGAAAGGCCAAACUACUUUCUCUAUGUCCAUGACAAUGACUCUCUUAGUCUGAAGCUGUGGGAGGCGAAUUCAGCCUUUCAUAGGAGAGCCACAUUUUUCCACCAUCAGGGCCUCUGGAUUCCUGGUUACAGCACAUUUGAAUUAUACAGCAAGAAAGGCUUUUUCAUCGUAUUCACAGAUUCUGGUGUCAAAGCAUCUAAAUAUGAUGAUUCUGAAGAAUUUAAACAUUCAAGUAGCUUCAGCAUAGAAGAAAUUCAGGCAGCAGUUCCUUACAGGAGGAUGUGUGAAUGGAGAUAUGAGCCUUGUGCCACUCCCUGUUUUAAAACAUGUAGUGAUCCUGAAGCACUAGCGUGUAAAUUUCUUCCACCGGUUGAAGGAUGCUUACCCUACUGCCCUAAAAAUAUGAUCCUUGAUGAGGUCACCCUCAAAUGUGUUUAUCCAGGAGACUGCAUACCUCCCACAGAACCAGCAUUAAUGACACCUACUAGUCUACCACCAGGUAAGCCAUCUGUACAACCCAUGUUUAUAGUCCAUGACAUGUUUAGUCCAUCAGUCUUCACCCCGUUGGACGCGCUAACACCAACAACAGGUUUGGAUUGUGAGCCUCAACAAUUUGAUCCUGUUUAUGAUUGUAGCCAAUAUAUAUGCCUUGAUAUGGAAUGGAAAUGGUUCAACUGGUCACUUUACUGCCCAAAGGUCUUAGAAAUGCCUGAUUGUGGUUUCCGGGGAAGGCCUGUUCAAGUGAACAGUGAUAUCUGCUGUCCUGAGUGGGAAUGUCCUUGUCGAUGUUCUGUGUUGUCAGAACUGAGCAUUAUUACAUUUGAUGGAAAUAAUGCAGCAUUAUAUAGUGUGGCUUCUUAUAUCUUAGUAAGAAUUCCUGGUGAAAUUAUAAUUGCUCAUAUUGAAAAAUGUUCCAUGAAUCAGAAUGGAAACUUAUUGAAAAAGGUAGCUUUCUCUGGAAGGAUCCCUGGACUUUGUUUUAAGAAGUUAAAUCUGACAACAGCUAUACAUAAAAUACUUGUCAAUCGUUUAGAAAGAAAGAUAGAAGUGGAUUCUGUUGUUGUGCCUUUGCCCUUUUCAAGUCAUGAACUGUUCAUAGAGGAUUCUGGUGCAAUGUACAUGAUUACCACUCCAGCUGGACUCAUCAUAAAGUGGGCUCAUCUGACAGGAAUCAUGGACAUUCAUUUUGGCUUCCAGUUUAACUUGUCUUCACACACAGAAGGACUUUGUGGAAUUUGCAAUGAUGAUCCAGAUGAUGAUCUAAGGAUGCAAAAUGGCACAAUUAUUACCAAUAUGGAAGACAUAGAAUUGUUUAUUGAAAGCUGGGAAAUUGAGAAAUCAUUUAAAGUAACAACCAGGAGACCUGUUAGGAAUUGUACUGAGCACAAUUGCAGUCACUGCAUUGAGUUGUUAAGCAGAAGAGUUUUCACUCCAUGCCAUGAUAAAGUUUCACCGCAGAAUUUCUGUGAAAAGAUGUGGAUCAAUUAUACCAAUUUUUUGAACUAUGAAUGUGAUGCACUCUCUGCUUAUGUAGCUCUCUGCAACAAGUUUGACAUCUGUAUUCAAUGGAGAACACCUGAUUACUGCUCUCUGAGUUGCCCAGAGGGGAAGGAAUAUCAGCCUUGUGUGCAACCUUGUGAAGCAAGAACGUGUCUAAACAAAUGGUUCUACGAUUACUCCUCAUGUUUGAAUUUAAGAGAAGACUGUGUGUGCAAAAAUGGAACCAUUCUCUACAGGCCAGAUUCAGCUGAGUGCAUUCCAGAGAAAAAAUGUGUGUGUACUGAUAUUGAAGACCAACCCCACGCUGCUGGGGAAAUUUGGAAUGGAGGUAUUGACGAAUGCUCUCUGUACAAAUGUUUGGAGAAUGGAAGCAUUAUUCCUGUAGAGUCUGACUGCCGUGAAGAGCCCUCACCAAUUUGUGAACGAGAAGGUGAAGUUGUCAUGGACAUUGUUGAUAAAGAGACCUGCUGUUCAGAGGAAAUUUGCGGAUGUGACAUGGCUUUGUGUGACACUACCAUUCCGACAUGUAUGAGUAGUCAAAAAUUGGUCAUUGGCCAUAGCCCUCUUUCUUGCUGUCCACAGUACCAAUGUGAAUGUGACCCAGUCAAAUGCCCUGAUAUUCCAAUACCAGAAUGCAGAGAAGACCAAUUUAUGAUUCAAGUUCAACAGGGAGAACCUUGUUGUUUCUCCCCUCUCUGUGUUUGUGAACCUUGCACUGAACCUAUUCCACUAUGUACUGAUGGGGAAUUUCUCACCGUGGAUCUUAAUUCUACACAAUUCUGUUGUCCUCAGUAUUACUGUGUUUGUGAGCCGAAUCUUUGCCCUAUGCCACUACUCAACUGUGCAGAAGAUAUGAAACUUGUGAAAGAAAAUGUAUCUGGUCAAUGUUGUCCAAUAUGGCAUUGUGAAUGUAGCUGUGAAAAUCUUGUUAUACCAACUUGUAAAGUGGGAGAAUUUACUACAAUUGACCGUAACUUUCAGAGUGACUGUGGAUGUGUACAGUAUUUAUGUGAAAAGGAUGAUGUGUGUGUAUUUCAAGAAGUAUCAGUGUUGAAUCCUGGCCAAUCUAUGAUAAAGUAUUUGGAAGGGGACUUUUGCUAUACAGUGGAGUGUCUGGAAGAAAAAGAUAACUAUAUAGGCUAUCACACUCUGAAUUUUACAAUGGUGAAUUGUUCAAAAGAAUGUGACAUUCACCAGGUAUACAUUCCAUCUCCAAGUGAUUAUGAUUGUUGUGGUACCUGCAAAAAUGUAUCCUGCAAAUUUCCCAUGGAAAAUGGAGCAUCAGUUAUGUAUGAGGAGGGGAGUACCUGGAACUAUAAUUGCACCACAUAUGAAUGUGUUAAAACUGAUGAAGGGGCAAUGAUUUUGAACUACAGUAUGGUCUGUCCCCCUUUCAAUGAGACUGAAUGCAAAAUGAAUGAAGGUCUUGUAAAGCUUUAUAAUGAAGGCUGUUGCAAGAUAUGCAAAAGAGAAGAAAGAAUAUGCCAGAGAGUGAUUAUUAAAACAGUCAUAAGGAGACAGGACUGUAUAAGUCGAAGCGCUGUAAAUGUUGCAUCUUGUGAUGGAAAAUGCCCGUCAGCUACCAUAUAUAACAUCAAUAUUGACAGCCACCUAAGAUUCUGCAAGUGUUGUCGUGAAAAUGGAGUGCGAAACUUGACUGUGCCACUCUAUUGCUCAGGAAAUGGUACUGAAGUCAUGUACACUCUCCAAGAACCCAUCGACUGCACAUGCCAGUGGAAUUGAAGUCUUGGAUUCCAAGAACAGUACACAACAUCGUAAAGUCAAAUGGAGUUAACUUUUAUCACUAUUAUUUAGGCACUGGACAGAGUUUUACAUAACGUAUUUUUUGACUAUUGGGAUAUGGUAAUUUAAUAGUUGGUACAAAACCUAUAAAAUUUCAAUGGCAAAAUUAGAUUUCUUGAUUCACUCUAUUUCAGAUAAUCAAAUGAUUUCAGGAUGUUCUGCUGAAAUGCUGUUACCACGUAUAUAAUUGCAACAUACUACAGACUUGGAAUAUUCAUUAGUUAGGAGGGGUUAUUUUGCAGAAUAUUUUCAAAGUCUACCAUAGCUAUCCAAAGUAAGAUACCUUUGAAUCUGUAUUGUUUAGUCUGGUAUGUGUAAUUAGUUAAAAUUGGCAUCUGGAUAGCCAUAAAGAAAGGUGGCUUAGCGGUAGAUCAUAGAACUUUUGAUUAUUUAAAGCCGGAGUGGAUAUUAAUGAUGUUAUUAUACAUUCUUCUCAUUUUUCAGGCUUAACAGAUGACCAGAGAAGCUGUAUGACAUGUACAAAUUCAUUCAGUGUAACCGUAUAGUGAGUUUAUGUUGGGUUAGAGUUUAGGACUUUUAUGUCCAGUCUUCUGUUCUUUUCUUCCAAACCAAGUGUCUUUCGUAGAAUAAUCUUCCAUUCUUAAAGAAUUUUCAUUGGAUGGGAUUAAAAAUUUUAAAUUCAAUGCCUUUAAGAAAACAAACAAAAAAUGCUGUACAUGAAAACACACACACACAUACACACACACACAUACAUUUAAUAGCUUUCUCAAUACUAAGGAGUAGGGAAAUGUAUAUCGCUUGCUAAAUAGAGGAGGGAGAUUUUUGAACUUUUAUUUUUUAUACCAUUAAACAUACUAUUUAACGUUUAGUUAGCUACUUGCUGUCUCAUUGAUUCUGAUUUUUGAGAUGUAUUUGCAGACUAUCAAAGUUGAGUGCUAUUUUGAUGUUAAUGCUG